GCUCCACGCCCCUCCCUCCUUCCUUUUUCUCUACCAGCCUUGGAAACCCCGUGCGUGGCGGAGCGGAGUCUCUUUCCGGUGUCCGCCAUUCUGGGAGCAGGUUGUUGGUGCAACCGUCGCCAACGGCCCCGUCGCCGCCAUGCAGAUCUUCGUGAAAACCCUGACGGGGAAAACCAUCACCCUCGAGGUUGAACCGUCUGAUACUAUAGAAAAUGUCAAAGCCAAGAUCCAGGAUAAGGAAGGAAUUCCUCCUGAUCAACAGCGACUGAUUUUUGCUGGAAAACAGUUGGAAGAUGGACGUACUCUGUCAGAUUACAACAUUCAAAAGGAGUCUACCCUUCACCUGGUGCUGAGACUUCGUGGUGGAGCAAAGAAGAGAAAGAAGAAGUCUUACACCACUCCUAAGAAGAACAAGCAUAAGAGAAAGAAGGUGAAGCUCGCUGUCCUUAAGUACUACAAGGUGGAUGAGAAUGGCAAAAUCAGCCGCCUGCGGCGAGAAUGUCCCUCUGAGGAAUGUGGGGCUGGAGUGUUCAUGGCUAGCCACUUUGACAGACAUUAUUGUGGCAAGUGCUGUUUGACAUACUGCUUCAACAAACCAGAAGACAAGUAAAUGUGUCUAUUGUAAUAAUAAAAAAAACCUUUACAUUUU